AUGCCCCGCGGGUCCAAACUCCUCCCGUCUAUCGGGCAUGCGGCCUCUGGCGCCGGCGGCACCGUCAUCUCGACACUGGCCACGUACCCGCUGGACCUGGUCAACACGCGACUCAAGGUGCAGCGGCAUUUGCGCGCCGACGGGUCGAUUGGGCCGGGCGACGGGUACGCCGGCGUGGCCGACGCUUUCGCCUCGAUCUACGCCGGCGAGGGCGGGUUAGCCUCCUUCUUCGCCGGCCUCGGCGCUGACCUCGCCAAAUCCGCCGCCGACUCGUUUCUGUUCUUCCUGUUUUACACGUGGUUCCGGAGCCGUCGUCUGCACGCACGAAACCACGCGCCGCACCUCAGCCCCCUCGAAGAGCUCGCUGUAGGCGCCGUCGCAGGCGCCUGCUGCAAGGCCUUCACGACCCCCGUGAGCAACGUCGUCACGCGCCGGCAGACGGCGAGCCUCAUGGGGGCACGCAGCAGCAACAGUCUCAGCAGCCAGGGCAGGGAAAGACAACAACAGCAACAGCCACAGCACCGCGCUCGAGACCUGACGUUUGGCGAGAUCGUGGCCGACAUGCACCGGGAAAAGGGACUACUGGGGCUGUGGGCGGGAUACUCGGCGAGCCUAGUGCUGACGCUGAACCCGAGCACCACGUUCUUCCUGCAGCAGUUCCUGAAGCGUACGCUGGUGCCGCGGCACCACUGGGACGACCCGGGGGCGCGGACGACCUUCUUCCUGGCGGCCGUGAGCAAGGUGGUGGCCACGUCGCUAACGUACCCGUUCCAGAUCGCCAAGGCGAGGGUGCAGCAUGUUUCGGCAGCAAGCGCGCUCGUGUCACGGAUCCGGGGCAUCGCGGGCAACACCAUCUUUGCGACGGUUCUGCGGAUAGCAAGGGCGGAGGGCGUGCGGGCCCUCUACGACGGCAUCGGGGGCGAGCUUCUGAAGGGCUUCUUCAGCCACGGCACGACCAUGCUCUCAAAGGACAUCAUCCACAGGUUUAUCGUGCGGCUGUACUUUGCCAUCCUCGUCGCCCUCCAGCAGUACCCGCAGAUCAGAUCCCACAUCCUCCAGAGGACCCGCGAGCUCCGCGAGGAAUACCUCCGGGCUCCGUCGCAAACUGCGGCCGGGCGGCGCGGGCGCAGCGGGGUCCGGUACGUCCAGAACGCGUUUAGCUCGGGGCAGAGAUUUGCAGCAGGCAUAAUGAGCUCUAGCCAGAGAAAUUAA